UCUUAGACAUGUUUCACUCUCAAAUCCAAGACCCGAACCCACAGGCAUCCGAGCCCACGUCCCGACUCGUCGGCGGCACCGAGUACAGCUGGUGCAGAGCAGUUCCUACUGGCACAGGCAUCACAGUCCUAGCCCUUCUCCUUUCAAAACCUCCAGAUAUUUCACUUCUCCAAAAUGCCCUCCACAAGCUUCAAAAUUACCACCCUAUCCUCCGCUCCAAGUUCCACUACGACUCCCCUUCCAACACUUUCUCCUUCAUCACUCCGCCCCUUCCCCACCUCCAAAUCUCAGCGUUCGAUCUCUCAUCAACGUCUCAGAUCAUCCAUGACCACGACCGCGAUGACGUCACCCCAUUCCACCUCAUCCUCGAGCACGAACUCAACCAAAACGCCUGGCAAAACGACAACACGUGCGACACUGACGUGUUCUUUGUCCGUACUUACGCGCUAAACGACACGCGAUGGGUUGUCAUUUUCCGGCUGCACACGUCAGUGUGUGACCGGGCGUCGGCCGUGAGUUUGCUGAAGGAAAUGUUGAAGCUGAUAGGAGAUGAGAGGGAGGGGGAAGGGAUAGAGGAGGAAUAUGAGAGAAAGAGUGAGGUUAGUUUGGGAAUAGAGGAUUUUAUUCCAAGUGGGAAGGCCAACAAGCCCUUCUGGGCGCGUGGAGUGGACAUGCUGGGUUACUCGUUGAACUCGUUUAGGCUGUCUAAUAUAGAUUUUGUGGACGCGAGUUCAAUCAGAGGUUCGAAGGUGGCGAGGCUGCAGCUGGACUCGGCGGAGACUCAAAGAAUUCUGGAGGGUUGCAAGUCAAGAGGAAUCAAACUCUGUGGAGCCUUGGCAGCUGCUGGAUUGAUUGCAGCACGGUCCUCUAAAUGCCUUCCUGAGCACCAAAGGGAGAGGUAUGCUGUCGUUACUCUUACUGAUUGCCGAUCGAUCCUUGAUCCUGUUCUCAGCAGCAAUCAUCUGGGAUUUUAUCACUCAGCCGUCCUUAACACACACGACACAGACGGAACUGAAACCCUUUGGGAGCUGGCGACGAGAACCUACACAGCCUUUGCAAAUGCUAAGAACUCUAACAAGCAUUUCACUGACAUGAGUGAUCUCAAUUUUCUUAUGUGCAAAGCCAUUGAGAAUCCUGGAUUGACCCCAUCAUCGUCGUUAAGAACUGCCUUCAUCUCAGUAUUUGAGGACCCUGUGAUUGAUGAAUCCAAUGGAUUGCAUCAAGAGAUUGGCGUCGAGGACUACAUUGGCUGCUCUUCGGUUCAUGGCGUUGGCCCAUCCAUCGCCAUAUUCGAUACCUUACGCAAUGGACAGUUGGAUUGUGCGUUUGUUUACCCUUCACCCCUGCAUUCUGAGGAGCAAAUGCACCAACUGAUUGAUGAAAUGAAGAGAAUUCUUGUAGAUGGUUGCAACAGUGAGAGUUAAAACUUCUUUUAUGGGCUAAUUGUACUGAUAAUAAACCCAUUUCAUUAUCUGGGUUAGCUCAUUAAUUAUAUAUUCCCCAUUUUCUUGUACGAACCAGAAGAUUUUCUAAAAGAAAAGAACCAAGUCAAGGCUGCCAUGA